GAAAAAAGAUUAUAUUAUAUAAUAAAUACCGCGUAAAAGUUGAAGUUAGAUAGUUACGACACACGUAAACAUUUGGUAUUGCCAUUAUUUAUUAAACUUAUACGAUUCCUGAUUUACUGUUAAAAAAAAAAAAAAACCUAUCAAUAAUUUUUGGUGGUCCAUGUUUUUCGUUUUCAUUUUAGACAAUAUCAAUGGAUUCUUAUGAUAAUCCUAUAAAAUGCAUUUUUAUUUGUCACUUUCAUCACACUGCUGGACCAAAAAUAUUAUGCCAGGUUCCCAAAGACUUUAUAAGCAAAGACUUGUUUGAAACAGUCAGCGUGUAUAUUAUACCAAAAGGUCAACUGCAAAGAUGUAUUAUUACUAUAACAGCAAGUGAUACAAAAAUUUUGGGUUAUCCAGUUCAAAUUAGCGACCAAAAAUAUCUUCGUAAUGCAUAUUAUUUUAAUUUAUGUUUUGUUUGUGAAUAUAACUCGCAUACAUUACACUAUGAGCCAAUUGUAAAAAAAUUAACAGCAUUUUUAACAAACUUAGAAAUAGAAGAUAAUUUUCUUUCCAAAAGUGAUCAAUCAGCUGAGACUCAAGAACAUUUAUUGUGCCUAUUGACUAAAGUUAUGAAUGAUAUAAAUAUGUACAAAAAAUGUGUUUUAACAGCUCGAAAUACAAUUGUUUAUUUGAAUGUUAUUGAAGUUUCUCGUAAUCCACCUACUCCAUCAGAUUUCGAUGUUCCCUUACUAGUGUCUCCAAUAAAUCUUUUAGAAGAUCAGUGGGAUUUAACUACCAGACAAGUAGCACCAUUUAUUGAUGGAGUUAAUCAUGUUUGCAAAAUUGCCAAACUUGCUAAAUUGGAUAUUGAAAUGGUGACUGCUUGUAUUCAAAACCUUGUUUACUGUAAUGCUAUUUCAUUGAUAGACUUAUUUCGUUAUAGUAAUAUGUAUGUAUGUACAACUAAAAUUAGUCAACUUGCAAGAACUAUGAGUCGUUAUGAAGAAGUAGUAGAUGCUAUAUCACGUCCAAACGGACCAAAAGCUACAUUCAAAGAUAUAUUUAAUAUGUUUGCUGCAAUGAGAUAUGGAUCACGUUAUAUUGAUAUCUGUCAAAGGUUCAAUCCAGUCUCAUUGAAUAUCGAUGAAAGGAAUUUGGUGCUUUAUGGUCUUGCUAAUGGCUAUAUUCGUCAAGUGAAAAAGCACCCUGUGGUAUUAAAGGAAAGUGAUGUAGAAAAAACC